UGGGCUUCUUUCCAGUUCUGAAGCAUGACGUGCUGCGUACCACGCUCCGUCAAGAGGUUUCUUAAAACACCAGAGCGUUUGCCGUCUAUAUCUGAGGGUUAUAGAGAUAGAGGGAAGAGAGGGAACGGGACAAGCAGAGAGGGGAAAAGAGAAAGACAUGGGCCUGACUCCAACAUUUGCAAGCCUUCUGUUUUUCUUGGGGUUACACGGGAUCUGUACAGGAUUUCUACAAGAGAACUGUACCAACUACAGUCUCCAGUUCGAGAGAGUUUUCUCCGUCCCUGGAGACAUGGCCAUGCUGAACAGCACCUUGGUGUCUCCGGAUGUCUUCGACUUCCAGACGGUCCCGUACAACAUCACCUGGUACGACUCGGAGACGGGCGAUGAAAUCAGCAACCAGACCGGUCGUAUCGUGGUGCAGGGAGAGACUCUGUGGUUUCUCAAGAUAACGGAGAACGACAGUGGGGACUACGUGACCAUACUGAGAACUCCUUUCCGGUGCUACAGGCAGGUCACCAAGCUGGUGGUUGAUCAGCCUGAAAAGUGUGGCAGGCCAAGAAAGUGCAAUCAAAGACUUACAAAAGGCGUCACCGACACCCUGCCCUGCCCUCUGAAGGACUACACCAGGAAACUGGACAGCUACAACAUCAGCUCCACCCUCACGUGGUACAGAGGUUGCGAGCGCAUAGUGGACAGGGUAGGCCAGUAUGUCUACAGGGAUAGGACCACGCUGCUGAUUAAAGAGGUGGGCGCUCAAAACAACUACGACUACACGUGUUCUCUGAACUUCACCCUCGGAGGCGUCGCGGGAUCCGUGUCGGAGACAAUCGAUGCGUGGGUCAGAGAUGAGUACUCUAUGGUUCCACAAGUGCAUGAACCAACCAACAGAACAAUCAGAGCAGAGAUAGGGACCAAUUUCAGCCAACUGUGCAGUGUCUUUGUGCCGGGUGUUGGGUUGCCCUUCGUUGACGUCAUUUGGUCCAUGGGAAACAAGAUAAUUGAUGCCACCCAUCCCUCUGAGCGCGUCUACACAAUAGCACAACCGUUCCGGUUCCAAGAUGGUUCUAAAAAAGGCGUAUAUAUGGAGCUUCUGCUGGCGUUCUCCCAGCUGAGGGAGGAAGAUUUCGAUGUCAACUACACGUGUCAAGCGCAGAGUGGCCGUGGCCAUCCUCAAGCAUAUUUUACUCUGCUAGCAGCAGAUCCAAACGUCAUGCUUCCCAUCGGAUCCGUGUUUGGCUGUGUGAUGGUUCUCUUCAUCACCAGUGUCAUCGUCUUCUACCUUUUCAAAGUCGACAUUGUGCUCUGGUUCAGGAAGAUGUUUCCAGUCCUCUAUAGAAGUAAAGAUUCGGAUGGGAAGCUGUAUGAUGCCUACGUGGCGUACCCGCAGUCCUGUGCCAUCGGGUUCAGCGUGGAAGUGGAGACGUUUGCCCUACACGCGCUGCCUCAUGUGUUGGAAAAGGCCUGUGGCUACAAACUCUUCAUAGCAGGUCGUGACUGCAUGCCCGGGGAGGCCAUAGUGGAUUCAGUGGUAGAGAACAUACAAGCCAGCCGGCGCCUCCUUCUGCUCUACACCGCCUCCACUUUCGCCAGCAAAAGACACACCAGCAGCACCAGCAGCACGAGCAGCAGUAGCAACAACAACAACCUCUCCAAGAACAACAACAGCGAGAGCACGACCGGCGGCGGCGGCGUGGGUUUCGACGAGGUCUAUCCAGACGCGAGGCAGCAGCUGGAGUGUCUGGCAGCUAUGCACAGAGCGCUGAUUGAGGGAUCGCUCAAGGUGGUUCUGGUGGAGUUGGAAAAGAUUACCCCGGCUCAGCUUGCUCUCUUCCCGGAGUCGGUGCGACACCUGAGGAAGAAGCAGGGUGCAGUGUGUUGGUGGAAGGAGCAGAGGACGAGGCAAAGGAGGAGGACGUGUACGACGAGGAGCGAGGAGGACAAAGAGAACGGUGGACGGGAGGACACAAAGUUGUCGCCGUCCCUCUCACCUUCCACCAGAUUUUGGAAGGAGAUUAGGUAUUAUAUGCCGGUGAGGGGCAAGAUGGCGGUCUACCCCGAGAAAACGGCCCUGUUGAACUUGUGAUGUGCUCGUGUCAACUAUUUGAACCAGGAAACCACAUCACAUCGUCACAGACAAUUCAGAAAGACGGUGUGCUCAGCAGAAGCUGCGAGGUGGAGUCGAGGCUACAGUACAGGAGCAAACACACACGAGGUACUUUCCUGUAGCUUGUGUAACUUUUCAAGUUGCAUAAUGUAAAUACUGAUCGAGAAAAAGGUGGAAGACGCUUUUUGCCCGAAGCCUCGAUGACGGCAGCUCACACUUGGUGUGCGGAUGAUCCCGCGGUGUGGACUAACUUGAAUUUGCCUGCAUCGGUUUAUGAACUGCUCACAUUCCCUGGCAAGUGGAGACUGAAGAAUGAUGUGUAUAAUAAGUGAAAUGUACAUAUGUAAAAUUAAAAAAGUACCACAAGGA